UAUCACCAUUUAAUUCAUACAUUUAGCGCACAUUUAGUCAACAAUUGGUUACUAUUUGUUGUUUAUAUUGAGUGUAUAUUUAGUGUAAAUAUCAAUUAUAGUUAAUAUAACAGUAAAAGUGUUAUAAAAAGUGAUAAUCUCUUCAAAUGUCUUCAAUGGCUUUGGGAAAGAAACGUAGUCUUAAUGUUGUCGACAAUUGUGUCACCGAUUAUCACAUCCAAUGCCAGGAAAAGCCAUUGAAAUUAGUUAAACGCGAAUACGAUAGCGAUUACAACGACUACACACCUCAAGACACCACAUCCACACACGUGCACACCAGCAGACAUCACCACAAACAGGGCGGAGGCGUUGAGGAGGCGUCACAACUAUUUUCUGGUGAUCACAAUAGUGUCAUCCGAAAGGGUAUCAUAAAUGGUAUAAAACCUCGAAACAGUGAUAAUCACAAAGAGAUGGUAAUAACAGGCGUGACAUCACCGACGGAUGUGUUUUGUUCAGUGCCGGGAAGGCUAUCAUUGCUCAGCUCGACCUCCAAAUACAAAGUGACGGUCGGAGAGGUUCAGAGGCGACUAUCGCCUCCUGAAUGUCUUAACGCAUCACUUCUAGGGGGUGUUCUUCGCAGGGCCAAAUCGAAGAACGGCGGCCGAUCUCUGAGGGAGAAGUUGGAAAAGAUUGGACUCAAUCUACCGGCCGGUCGUCGGAAAGCAGCAAACGUUACGUUAUUAACCUCUUUAGUUGAAGGGGAAGCAAUACAUUUAGCCCGAGAUUUCGGUUAUGUAUGUGAGACGGAAUUCCCGGCCCGACAGAUGGCCGAGUAUUUAUGUCGAAACCAUUCCGACCCCUCAGACAUGUACCGACGAAAAGAGCUGGUUUUGGCCACAAAGCAAAUGCUGAAGGAGUUCAUUGAUUUGCUGAAUCAGGAUCGGUCUCCUCUGUGCAACACUCGGCCACAAAUGAUUUUAGAGCCCAAUAUUCAGAGAAAUUUGACACAUUUCUCACUCAUUACACACGGAUUUGGAAGUCCGGCGAUUGUGGCUGCGCUGACAUCAGUGCAGAACUACAUGAAUGAAUCGCUCAAAUACCUCGAAAAGCAAUUAAGUACUUAUCAAACGGCAAGCGGUGCUCACGUCUCAAAUGCAACCAACGCUCAGAUCGACACCAAAAAGGAGAUCGAUUUAGUCAAUAAGAAGUAGACAACACUUAUAUACCACAUCUCUCCUCUACCUGUGCACACCAUUCACCGCAUACCACACCACAUACGACAUACCUGUGCCACUAUUACAUCUAUACAUCCAUACAUUUAGGCAAUAUUUCACAUACAAUACAUAUAUAAAUAUAUUAUUAAAUAAAUUAAUGUUUAUUUCAUUGUUGACAACAAAUUUGUUUGCUUUUAUGUCAACACCUUUUUUGUCGAAAUAACUACUGUUCGCUAUAAAUCACUCCUCUUUUUGUUUGGCCAAAACUCUUACAUUUAAUCGAAAGUUAAACCAAAGCUUCACUUUUAUUAAGCCAUAAAACGAUUUUCUCGAUUAGUUUUAUUAUAAUAUUAUAUUAUAUAUUGUUUUUAUUUUGAAAAAAUGCAUAAAUAAUUGAUUAUAUGAAAGAAAGCUGCCGUUCAAGUAGUGGCCAAAUAUAUGAAACUUUUUGCUGCAUUUUUUGUAUGUAUUUUAUUUUAUAAUUCAAAACAAAAACGACUCCUUUUAUUGAUUAUAAUUAUUAUUAAUGUUUGAUUCAUGC